AUGACUCUGCUCUGCCGGGAAGUUCUGUCCGCCACGAGCCUCCUCUGCGGCAGUGGAGGCGCGAUGAGGCUUCCGCAGCUGGAGUCGGAGCUGCGGACGCGCUGUCAUAUCACUCCGCGGGACUUCAACCAUAUGGUCAACGAGUGUCCGCGCUUUUUGAUGGUCCGCGGACCCGGCGGGGAUGUUGACUGUGUCGUGGUCGCCAAAACGUCUCUACGGCUAUGCCGGGAUUACAGCAGGGGUCAGUGUGCAGCAACAGACUGCGAGGAUCUACACUUAUGUCGCUUCUUCAUCUACGGAAGCUGCAGGUUCGGCAAAGGCAGGAAGCCAUGCAGAUUCUCCCACGACAUCCAGUCGGCUCACAACUAUCGUCAGCUGCGAGAGAGCACGCUGCAUGAGUUGCAGGAGAGCGAUCUGUUCCUAUUGCUGCUGCAGAAUGACCCAACCCUGCUUCCUGAGAUUUGUACGCAUUAUAACCACGGUGACUGCCCCUUCAAGGAAAACUGCACAAAAGUGCACUUGUGUCUCCACUAUGUCCAGGGUGCAUGCAUUUUUGGCCAGAAGUGCAACAGGCAACACGAGGUUAAUGAGCAUAAUGGCCGCAUGUUAGCUGAGAGAGGGCUGAGCAGUGACAUCAUCAACAAGCUGCCCAUCAUCUACCGGAACCACCACUAUCUGAACCCAGUCGCACACUCCCCAGUGAAUGUUUCCCGACCCACCUGCCCCACCCCCUCGGACUCAAAAGAGGCCAUCUGUCUUCACUUCCUGUGGAACCACUGCAAGUUCAAAAAAAACUGCAGGUUCGUUCACUUUCACUUGCCGUACAAGUGGGAGGUCUUCAACGGGAACAACUGGGAGGAGCUGCAGAACAUGGUGGCUGUCGAGAGAGAAUUCUCCGAUCCAAACAAAGAUCAGAGCUCUGGAGUUCCUACAGUCGACUUUGUGCACAUGACUGUGGACUCUCAGCCAGUUCGACGUCUCUCCACGAUUUCCUCCGUGCUGAAGCCGCACCACGAGCAAACCACUGACUGGCGCUGGUACCUCAGAGUGCGCAAUGAGAACUGGUGGGAAUAUGGUGAACCGUUUAAACAGGACGACGGGACAGGAACCUUCGUGUCUUCCAAGUAUCUGGAGAAGCAGUAUCAGAAAGACAAAAGUGCGAUGGUCAAAGUUGUAAAAGGCCAGCGGGAGUACAUGAUCAGCUUCAAAGACAUGUACCAGAGGAACUACAAAUACAACACAAGGAGGAGAAUCCGCCGCCGCCCUUGCUUUGUCUCAGGGGAGGAGGUAAAGAAAAGAGGUAACACUUCAGAUUGGGGAACAUUUAGAAACUAUUAAUAAACUAAACUAUAAUAACAAGUAGUUAUGAUGCUGCCUCAUGUGAAUUUUUGGUGGCCUUUCCUGGGUAAAAUGUAGUCAGGCUUAACAAGCCACUGAUAAGUAUUUUAUAAUGCUUAAAUAAUGAUUAAUACAUGUCCAAAUAAGUAGUUUAUUGAUGCUAUUAUAUGUUCCCUAAUCUAAAGGGUGAACAGAAAAGACCACAUGGCGAUGAAGUAAAUAAUGGGGAAUAUGAUUUCAUGUUUAAUACACCUUGAUAUUUAAUUAAUCUUAACCAAAGUAUCAGAUUGAUAUUUUUCUAACCUUUUAACCAGGUACUCUGUGUGUUUUCACCAUAUGCAACCGUAAUAACUUCCACUAUAUGCACUGUCCUUGUACACAUAUUCAUUAUUAAUGAAGUCAAAUGAGUUCUGUUACUAACAGUGUUUUUAAUAAUCACCUGAAAAGUGGUGUCAUUUUCUUACUACUCUUUUUAAUAUACCAUACAGGUUUGUUUUUGCAUGCCUAUGUACUCAAUAUCUUCACCAUAAUUAAGAAACAAUAAAUAACAAUUAAUAAUUUGAUGAUGUAAAUUAAGUUUUGGCAAUAAAUAUUAUGGUGUGCACUUGCAGGUAAUGUUACUGUCUGGAAUGUAUUAAAGUCUUAUACUAUACGAAUAGCAUUUCAUCAUCAUUCAUUUCAUUUCCCUUUUAUUUCCUUUGUAUUUCAUUCCUAUAAAUGCGUGGGUAUGUUACAUAACGUUCAGGUGGGGGGGAAAGAAGGUAUACUGUGUACUAAGGUAAAAGUAAUAUAUUAUCAGCAUACCGUGUGAAUCACAAUGGAACAUGGACCAUUGUUCUAAUUCAUGAUUUUAUCUUAUAAUGGACUGAUUUCUCUGCCCCUCAUGAAUGACAAACACACUGAAGUCACUGAGUUUUUAU